UUUUGUGAAGUGUUCGUUUCUCCUACCCAAAUGAGGAACUGGGUUUGGGGGUCUAAUCGCAUACAUCUACAGGAAAUAUCCAAGUUUUACUUGUCAUUUCCUUUGUCCUCUAAAUGAUUUUUCCUAAAAAGAAAAAUGUCAAACAGACACACGAGGGCGCCAGAAAUAUAUAAUUUUUGGUUUAAAUUCUUCCCUCCACCCCAGGGCAAAUUUAAAUACUCCCUGGUAAAAGUACUCUAGGGGGUUCAAUCUAAUUGGGCAUCAUUUACAAGGAGAUCGCUGCCUGAAAGAAUGAGUUGCACCUCUUCCUUAUAAGAGGUUUAAACGAACAUCUUCAGGUGGGGAUAAAAGGGUUGGAUUCUCCCUCUUCAAAUGCAGCUUUGCGGCUCGGUUAACCUCCUGAAAAAAGGACUAGGACAUCUCUCUGGCUGCCUGCGCCGUUUCAGUAAAAAUGUCACGUAGGCGAAGCUCAGGCCACGUCAAAGCAUACCUCUCACAGCAUCUGAGCAAAACUGCGUCCUAGUGAGCGGAGAAGGUGGUGCAGCCUGCCCCAUUAGACAGGUCCCAUCAUGGACGAAGACGACGAGAACGAGGAGGAUACGCGCAGCAAAAGCAUCAGAAUGAAAGCGAUCCCGUCUCCCCCAGGAGGGGGAGCCGGCCGAGGCUACCACAACACAGACAAGCAGCCGGGGGAAUCGAACCAGGGCGAGGUAGAGACAGCGGUGGGCAUGAAGUGCAACACGAACGGGGAUUGCAGGGUGACCCAGGGAAGCCAAUCGUCCAUCAACCGGACGGAUGAGAGUGAGGAGAAGAAAGCCGCGAUGGAGGGAGGGGGCGCCUCCCGCAGCGAGGACAAGAGGGAGAGCAAAGUGGCUUUCUCGGCGGAGCCGCCCAGCCGAACAUGCUCGCAGUUCCAGCAGCGCGGCAGGAACUCCGUGAGCCUGCACAAGUCCGAAGGGGCCGAGCAGAUCUUCCCCGAGGAUGCCGAGCAGAACGGCAGUCAGGCCAGCUUCAUGCAGCGCCAGUUCGGGGCUAUGCUGCAGCCGGGAGUUAACAAGUUUUCCCUGCGGAUGUUCGGCAGCCAAAAGGCUGUGGAGAGGGAGCAGGAGAGAGUCAAAUCGGCCGGAGCCUGGAUUAUCCACCCUUACAGUGACUUUCGGUUUUAUUGGGAUUUCACAAUGCUGUUGUUUAUGGUUGGAAAUCUCAUCAUUAUUCCAGUAGGAAUCACCUUCUUCAAGGAAGAAACCACCACUCCUUGGAUUAUCUUUAAUGUCGUGUCUGAUACUUUCUUCCUCAUGGAUUUAGUCUUAAACUUCAGAACUGGAAUUGUUAUAGAAGAUAACACCGAGAUCAUACUGGAUCCACAAAAAAUUAAGAAGACAUAUUUAAAAAGCUGGUUUAUUGUAGACUUUGUCUCUUCAAUCCCUGUGGAUUAUAUAUUUUUGAUAGUAGAAAAAGGAAUUGAUUCAGAAGUUUAUAAAACUGCUAGAGCACUACGAAUAGUGCGGUUUACAAAAAUUCUCAGUCUUUUACGAUUAUUGAGACUCUCAAGGUUGAUAAGGUACAUUCAUCAAUGGGAAGAGAUAUUCCAUAUGACCUAUGAUCUUGCCAGUGCUGUCAUGCGAAUAUUUAACCUUAUUGGAAUGAUGCUGCUUUUAUGCCACUGGGAUGGAUGCCUACAAUUUCUUGUGCCAUUGCUUCAAGAUUUUCCAAAUGAUUGCUGGGUUUCUUUAAAUAACAUGGUGAAUGAUUCCUGGAGUGAACUCUAUUCUUUUGCACUGUUUAAAGCAAUGAGCCACAUGCUCUGCAUAGGCUAUGGUCGUCAAGCUCCAGAAAGCAUGUCUGACAUCUGGCUAACAAUGUUAAGCAUGAUAGUUGGUGCCACCUGCUAUGCCAUGUUUAUUGGUCAUGCGACAGCCCUGAUCCAGUCUUUGGAUUCAUCGCGCCGUCAGUACCAAGAAAAGUACAAGCAAGUGGAGCAGUACAUGUCUUUUCACAAGUUACCUGCUGACUUCCGGCAAAAGAUUCAUGACUAUUAUGAACAUCGUUACCAGGGGAAAAUGUUUGAUGAGGACAAUAUACUGGGAGAGCUAAAUGAACCGCUUAGAGAGGAAAUAGUGAAUUUUAACUGUCGGAAACUGGUAGCCUCUAUGCCACUUUUUGCCAAUGCGGACCCGAUUUUUGUGACAGCAAUGCUGACCAAGCUGAAGUUUGAAGUUUUCCAACCUGGAGAUUACAUCAUCCGUGAGGGGACAAUUGGAAAAAAGAUGUAUUUUAUCCAGCACGGUGUGGUUAGUGUCCACACAAAGGGCAACAAGGAAAUGAAACUGUCAGAUGGCUCAUAUUUUGGAGAAAUCUGUUUACUGACAAGAGGCAGGCGAACCGCCAGUGUUCGUGCUGAUACCUACUGUCGUCUGUAUUCUCUGUCUGUGGAUCAUUUUAAUGAGGUAUUGGAAGAAUACCCUAUGAUGCGAAGAGCCUUUGAAACUGUGGCCAUCGACAGACUGGAUAGAAUAGGAAAGAAAAACUCUAUUUUGCUGCACAAAGUCCAGCAUGAUUUAAACUCUGGUGUCUUCAACAACCGUGAGAAUGAGAUUAUACAGGAGAUCGUGAAGUAUGAUAGAGAGAUGGUUCAACAAGUGGAACUUCAAAGGCCUCUUGCCAUGUCUCACACACCUCCAUUUCAUGGAGGCUCCAUGUUCAAUUCUCAAGGCCAACUUGCUAACAAUUCAGCAAUUGCUACUCUCCAGCAGGCUGUAGCUAUGAGCUUCUGUCCUCCAUCUACAGGCCUUUUUAUUGGGUCUGUAGGUGUGCAAUCACCUAGGACAGUCAGGCGGUUACAGACUGUUCAGAGUGCAGCAAGCCCACUUUCAGUGUCCCCUGGUCAACAAUCGCAGACACAACCACAAAUGGCAUCAGUUUCACCAUAUCCUUCUGCUGUCUCCAGUCCUCCAAACCAAAGCCCAUUAACAAACCGAACUUUCCAGUAUGGAUCACAGGCUCAAUCAGGCUCGCAGCUGUCACUAACACAGCAAAAAGCACCCAGCCCUCCCCAGCGUCCUGCAGCUCAUAAGAGCACACAGGCAUUGCAUACCAGCAGCUUAUCCCAAGAGGCAAGGCCACUGUCUGCUUCCCAACCCUCAUUGCCUCAUAAUAUUUCCCAGACAGUAACCUCAAGUCCACCACAAUCAACCAGAGAAUCAACAUCAUCGAUAGGGGGUCAGAUGUCUGUGCAACCAAGCACAGGAGCUCUCCAAGGAUCGAUUCGAGGACCUGUACCACCAAGGAUGGCCCUGACACACCAAAUGUCCACAGGUGCAAUGUUUCAAGUGUCACCAAUGGCCAGUGCACAACAGGACUCAGGUGUUCCCAAGAAAGAUUCCGUUGUAUGUGUUACAGAUAUGGACACAGGCAAAUCAAGGCUUUCCUCCAACUUGUGAUAUACGUAUGUGUCAUGAUGAUUUUUUUGUGGUGAAUAAGAAGAGGAUUGAUUUUGAGAACAGUUAACAGUGGUUGUGUGAUUGAAAAAAGAAUUGCCGCUGGUUAUUGUGCAUUCUAAAUGAACUGCACGUUCUGCCCUUAAUUGCCAUCUUAUAGAAAUUCUACAUUUGUGCAAGAGUUCAAAAAUCAGAUGUCUGACAAAUGGAGAUGUGCAUAAUUAUAUCAAAGGAUGCUGAGCUUAUCAGCUUUUAUUUCUUUUAUCAAUUUGUCUGUAAUCGAUGCAUUAUAAGUAUUUAAACGCAAUAUGUGAUUUCCUUCAGAAAAAAAUCUUAUUGUGGUAUUUGAUGUGAUGAUGUUGUCUUAUGUAUUGUUGUAUAGUUAGAUGUAAAUUGUUAUCCCAAUGCAAAUAAUUUUCAUGUCUUAAGAAAUUGCUGCUACACUAUAAUACAGCAAAACAACCAGCUUUUAACCUCCUUUCUUUUUUCAGGGUGUUUAUGCUGGAAAACAUUUUUAUUUUAAUACUAAGAAUGAAGAGUGUUUCUGACAUGGUUUUCUUUGCGUGAUGUAGCAGAAAUAUACAGUAAUGCAAUAUGAUUUACCCCAGACAAUAGGAAACAAAGUCAACUCUUAAUUUUCUGUUGAGUAUUUUUGAAUACAUUUAGUAUCUCAAUAAUAGAAGGAUUUCUAUUUAAUUAAAAACAUUGUCCAGUGUUACUGUAAAUGGAAAUGAUUAAUUCCUGAAGCUGGACACAGAAACAGAAAUUAUGUAUAUAUCAUUAGGACCAAAAGUAGUUUAACAUGAAACUACAUUGAGAGUUGCAAUGGUGGAAUUCAAAUAGCAUUCUGGACUUUACCAGCCACCGAUAUUUUCCUCACUGAAUGAGCGUAUGAUUUAAGAUCAUCAUCCAAUAGCCCGUUCAGAGCCCUGGCAUUGCUGUAAGGGAGACAUAAUGAUAAGGAAGUAUUAAUGAUAACCAGAUGUCUUCUCAGAUUUUAAAGCGCAAUACAACAAUGAAUCAAUUAGCUGAGUCAUCCCUUUUUAUAUGUUAGUUGAAUUGAACACAUCACUGCAAUAAAAACUCUGAUUAACUUCACAGAUACUUCCCAUGAGGCUUGUGACUGGCAUCACAAAAUUUGUAAGACAUUGUCAUUUUGUAUUGAGCUGUAGUCAAAUGCAAGCACAAAUGUACCUUUGGGUUUGGUAUUAUCACUUCCAAUGCCCAGAGUCUGGAGUAAUUAGAAAAUAGGUAAGUGCUUUAGUUGUCCAGUGUAGUUCUGUAAGAUCAUUCUGGUAAGGUUUGAUCAGUUCAUUUUUUUUUGACAAGAUCAGCAUUGUCGUAGUUAAUUUAUUGAAGACUGCAAUUACUCCAAACUACACCAAUUACUAUUUUGUGAUGUAUUUAUUAAUCAAAAACAUAUGUAUUAAGAAAUUUCAAUGUUUCUCUAGUUGUAUUCUAUUACAUUCUUGUAGAUAUUGCAAAAGGGAAUGGGUGUACUUAAAAUACUGGAAAAAUCUUUCAAUAUUUCAAGUGUUUGUGAAAUCUAGAAUCAACUGCUUCUCUGAAAAGAGAAGAAAAUAAUUUCUUUGCAAUGGAAAUGAAAUGAAACCAGUCUGGGAAGCAUUUAGAUAUUUCUUUUUUCAGAUGAAAGAUUUAACACACUGGUAAAAUUGCAGCUUAUAAUCUUGCUGAGCUAUCAUGACCUUUAUUGAGAAUGUAGCUGAAUGCAGAUGAUCAUGUUAGUUUACCUCUCAUAACUAAACAGUCUGUCGUCAUUGCCGCCAUAUCUUUAGUAUAGAAAAAAGUAACCACUAGGUACUUUUUUUGGAAUGUAUAAUUGUAAAUGGACUAAGAUUGUUCAAUAGCCUAAAAUGGAAAAUGUUUCAACCAUCAUCCCUUGCUUAGAAUGACAUAUUAAUUAUUGGUAACACAAGUGCUUCAUUCUACAAAUACUUUUUAGCAAUCUUUAUGCAAUAAAUAUUUCAAGCUUUUUUCUAGUGCUUCCAUAAAGUACUAGAAAUGUGUGUCUUUCAUAUAUUGUACAGUAAUGCAAAGCCAUUAUAGUACUGUCCUCAGUAAUCUAUAAUGUGUUGCCAUCUGCCUUGAUCUUUAUUCCAAAUUGUGUUAAAUUACAAUUCAUUCACAAUUCUCCACAAUGGGAUCUGGCCUGGGACAAACCCUUAAAAAAAAUUAAACCAAUAGGCAGCUAUGCGCGACAUGGAGGAAUGUAUGAUGUUGGCUGUAGGUGAUGAAAUAAAUCCCUUUUUAAGAGGGUUUAAGCUGUAUACUUUAUCGUAAUCAUUCAUACUGUGUGUAAAACAGCUCAGUUAAUAGGAGAGUCAGUUUACAGUGAAACUAAUGAUGUAAAUUCUUCGCUCAAAAAAAACUAGAAUUAAAUAACUUUCCAGUACUACUGAAUUUACAGAUUCUAACAUUUGUAAACUGGUCAGUCACCAUUUGCACUAGUACUAAGACCUACACAAUGAGCAGUCAUUUCAGUUUUUUUUUCUUUUGCUGUAGCAUUCUUGUUGCCUGAGAGUUGCUAAUUGUACUUUAGCUAAUCCAAUAAUCAUAUUAUGAAUAUUUAAUAAUUUUCAAGCCAAAUUAAAUGGCAUGCUUAAUUUGUAAAAUGAUUGGAUUUAUUUGAUGACCUGCUUGUCUCAUUUUUAAAAGGGUAAAAUGUUUGGUAAGACAAAACCAAUAUGCUAUUUUCACUCCUAGCCAAGCUUACAGUGCCAGGUAGUAAAUUACUUUUAAUUUGGAUGUGUAUUUCUUGAUUGUAUAUGUGCAUAGUCUCAAUUGAAGGGUAAUCAUGACUUUUUUUUUUCAUACUCUACAUGUUGCAUUUUCUUCAUGAGUGCAGCCCAUAACUCCUUUGUGGCAGAACAUGUGCAUUUAUUUUUGUAACAAAAAAUUCACUUUAUUUUCAGUGAUUAACGACUUUGACGUUCAAACAGUCAUAGUUGGCAACUUCUUUUUAAUAUCACUGUUGAAAUUCUGAUCUUAAUCUUUUUUUGCAAUCAAAUCUAUUUAUAUGCAACUAAUUCAGAGGCAACUUCCUCACCUAAGUAAAUGGCCGACGCAUAUUAACCUUAAAUUAAUUGUUUCAUGAGGACAGACACUUCACCACCUAUAGCAACUCCUUAGCCUUAAACUGCUAAACCAUGUAUCGCACCAUGUAUGCACUUCAGGUACAUAAAAGGGUCGAGAUUUUAUUAAAUGCUUAAACAAGCAAUCUUUUCUUUCAGCCUUUCUUAUUCAUUUUCACAGAUUUUGUUUCUAAUAUUAUGCUUUGUUGUUGUGCUCUGUGAUUAACUAAUAUGUAAUUGUGUAACAUUUAAUAUUAAUGCCUGCUCAGGAGUUGCAUUGACAUCCAGUAAAUUCAAUAAAUUCAAUCUUGUGUUGAGAAACGCAAGUCUGGAAACUGAGAAACUUGCAGAAUCUUUACUGAACCUUUCAUAUUUAAUAGAAUGUCUUUUCUUGCACUUAUUUUGUCGGCCAUACAGGUGCUCACUGUUAUGUACCCUAUGUCAAGUUGUUAACUGUCUGUAACACAAAGUGUAAGAAAGUUUGAAAGAGUCAUCUUAUCCAUGUUAGAGUCUGCAUAAAAUGUAAUAAUGCAACAGUAUUUCUGAAAUGUUGUAUGUUUGAACUGUAAAAUAAUGUAUAAACUAAAUGUAUUGUCCUUUAGUUUCAACAAAUGACAUCUUUUAUGCAUAGUUUUCCAGCCAGUGGAAGAAAAAAGAAAAAAAAUGUAAUUUGGAGUGUUUAUAUUCCCAAACGCAGGUAACUUCUCACUGCACUUACAAGAUUUCAAGUGUUCAUGUUGCUUUUGAAUGUCAAUGAAGUUUGUCGAUUAUUUCCAUGGAUUUAGUAGACUUAAGCUAGCGCCUGGCAAAAUCAGAAUAUUAUCAAUGACAUAAACUUAGCAAUGGGGUGAAUGUAUAUUGCAGCAAUAUUAUCUUUUCUUCUGUAUACUGGUGUUUUAUUUUUCUCCCAAAGAGAUCCUAGUUGAACCAGUUGGAGGUCUUGAUUUAGCAGAAGUCCACCUUGGCUGCAUUACUUAUUGGCAGUUGUUUCACCAGAUUACACUUGUUUGCCACCUCAGAACUUGGUCCAAUACUUGUAUGCAUGUUACAUUCCUUUGUACUUUUCUAAAGUGUACUAGAUAGGGCCUCAUUUUGCUAAAGCGUACAAUCUCCUGUUGUUUCCAACUAUGUUUAAUAGCUCAAUAGUUUUAUGUCCUGGAAAGAGAAAGUAGAGCAAAUUCAAAAAGGUAAUGUUUCUAGUAAUGAGUUAGUUUGGGCCCUGCUUCAGACUGUCAUGAUUAGUGGAGAUUGCAGUACCAGUUCUAAGUAAUAGAUUAAUGUCCUGCAGAGGCUCUUAUACCUGAUGGAUAAAUGUAGCCUUCUUCAUGUAAAGUAGGUGUUAUAAAGUUGUUAUAGAGAAAUAGGCUUGCAUUUGUGUAACACCUUUCAUAACCUCAAGAAACCCAACAAACAACUGUUAAAUACUAUUCGAAUGCUGGAGAUGAUGCAAAGUUAAAAUCUUAAAGAAAGGGAAAGCAUUUCAGUUACAGUAACUAGUAAGUGGUAUUAGAUUCUCAUGUGUGAACCUAGAGUUAUUUUUACCACCAACAACUUGUACUUGUAUAAAUAAUUAACUUAAUAAAAUGUCUCAAGGCACUUUGCAUGAUCCAACCAAUCCACAUAAGUAGGUCCUGGGAUACAUUAGCCAAAGAAGUGUACGGAAAGAUAGAGAGGCAGGCGGAAAUUCUCAUAGUUUAGCAGCAGCUACUAUCUGAAAGUGUGGUCACCGAUGACGGAACGUUUAAAAUCAGGAAUGUAGAAGAGGAAGCCAUUGGAUGAUUGUAGAGAUUUUGAACAGUUAUAAGACUGAGUAGGGUCAAGAUAUACAAAGCAGCAGAACCAUUGAAGGAUUUGGUAACCAGGAUGAAAAUGAUCAAGUCAAGAUAUUGCUGAUUGGGUGCCACUGUGAACGACAUUAGCUCCAACUUCUUUACGUUGUGCAUUGCUACACGUUUCAGUAUAAAUUUUUUGAAUGAUAUCUUAAAGGGGCUGCCUUAUAAUCAGAGAUAGUAGGAACCACAGAUACUGGAGAAUCUGAGAUAACAAGGUGCAGAGCUGGAUGAACACAGCAGGCCGA